AUGUAUCAAGAAAGAACUGUUACCUAUGGAAGAACAUAUCAAACUGAACCAAGAGUUGUUUAUAGUGGACCAGAUUUAUCGGGUAUUCAUUUAGAUUUGGAUUACCUUAAAACAUUAUCUGGAAUGUUAAAAUGUAUAGAAAUAGCACUUUGCUUUUUGACAUUUAUUACUGUUAUUGGAGGUGGUCCCUAUUACUAUAAUGGUGCCACCUGGGCUUCUUUUGUUUCUUCGGUUGGAUUAAUGAUAACAACAAUCCUUUUAAUCUUCUAUCUAUUUCAUGUUGUUGAUAAAUUUACCAAUGUUCCUUGGAUUGUUUCUGAAAUGGUAUAUUGUUUUAUGUUUUCUAUGUUUUUCUUCUUAGCAGGAUCAGCUUUAGCAUUAGCAUCUAUGCAAUAUAAAUUAAGUGCAGGGUGGGCUAUAGCAAGUUUUUUUGCAUUUUGUGCAAUGGUUGCAUAUGCAUUUGAUUGUUAUUUGAAAUUUUUAUCAUGGAAAAAAGGAGAAAAAGCUGUUGGUGGAAACAUUAAUGCUCAAAAUGUAUAA